AUGAACGUCCAGACUGCCUCUUCCAACAACAGCAGCUCUGCCAGCAACAACAGUACCAACAGCAAUGGUAUAACAACCUCCUUGUCUUCCAGUGCGAGUGCUGCCAGUUCCAACACUAACACAUCCACCAAUGCCAGCAGCAAUAUGGAGCUCACCGAGACCUUGAUACCUGGUCAUUCUCUAGCUGACACAAUGGCUCUUACUUUGAUAUUUAUCUGUUUCCCACAAUCCUUGAGUUGCAUCUUGUUGGGCUUGUAUGCUUUGUCGGCUUCUUCAAGAGCAAUUGUUGCCAAAUUAUUGGGCACUUCCUUCAAGUCGUCAAAUCUGUCAAGCUCUUCCACAGCCACUAAUACCAACACUGGUAGUACCACCAUCAGCAAUUCCAGUAACAUUAACAUCUCCUCCAAUGCUAACAGCACUAAUUUUACUGCUAAUAAUAGUAGCAACAAUAGUAACAAUAGCACCAAUAAUACUAACAAUUUACAAGCUCCUUUCAUAUCUAUAGUGCCCCCUUCACCUCCCUUAAAUGCUACAAAUCCUAAUAAUAACCUGUCCACUUUACAGAACUCAAACACAACUAGCAGUAUAAGUCCAAUUAACCAUUUUCAAACUCUAUUGCUUCCUGCUUCUUUUUCUUUGUUAGUCGACAUAACUAUAUCAUUAAUUUUAAACUAUCUAUGUCCUCCUUCGAUAAUUAGAUUUAUAAUUUUAUUGGCAAAAUCAACUUUAGCUUCAUCUUUAACUGGUUCCAAAAGUCUCUUUCUAAGAGCAAUUUUGACUUCUCUCUUAAUCAUAAUCUUUGAAAAAUUGUCAAAUUUAUUUUUCAGUUUUUUAAUUGAAAAUUAUUUAAAUUAUUUUAAAAUUUUAAAGGAUUUAGAUAGUUCUUUUCAAUCAAACUUAUUUAACUUAAAUUAUAGUCUAAAUUUAAGUUUUGAAAAUUGUUUAAAUUUUAUAUUAAGUUUUAUAAAUAAUUUAUUAAAUAAUAAUAACAAUAAUAAUAAUAAUAAUAACGGUAAUAAUUUUAUUAUUGACAGUAGCAAAAAUAUAACUUCAAUUACUCAAAAUACUCAAAUAGUUACCACGACUAUUAAUGUUGCUACAAAUGUUUUACUUAACGACACCACAAAUAUUCCUGGUUUUUCUUUUGAUUGGUUUUCUUUUAAGAAUUUUUCAAAGUCCUAUUGGAAGGCCUCCUUUUUCAUAACUUCUCAUCUAUACUCUGGCUUAUCCUUUCAUGCUUUAUUACUUGGAAUAUCUCCGGGUAUUAGAAAUUUCUUUUUAAUUAAAAUUUAUUCUCAAUCCUUAGAUCAGUUAUCGACUUUAUCUCCUUUGUCAAAAGUUCAGGGAUUAAUUAAUAAUAAUAAUAAUAAUAAUAAUAAUAAUAAUAAUAAUAAUAAUAAUAAUAAUAAUACUUCCAAUAAUAACACUUCCAAUAAUAACAUCUCCAAUAAUAGUAUAAAUUUAUCUAAUAUAAUUCAAAAUCAACUCUCAAAUAAUAUUAUUAAUUCAAACUUUAAUAAUUUUGAUAAUGAUGAACAAGUAAAUAUUGAAAUUCCAAAUGAGGUGGCUAAUCUAAGACUACCUUAUGAUAACUGUGAUUUGAACAAACAAUCUUCAUCUAGUAAUAAUAACCCAAAUAAUGCAAAUGAACAAAAUAGCUCUGAUAAUAAAAAUAUUAACGAAAAUUUAAAUUCAAAUAAUAAUAAUAAUAAUAAUAAUAACAAUAAUAAUAACAAUAAUAAUAACAAUAUUAAUAACAAUAAUAAUAACAAAAACAGCAACAAAAAUAACAAUAACAACAACAAUAACAGCAACAAUAGCAAUGCUAAUAAUAGAACGAAUGGAAAAUAUUGUGAGACUGAAAACAAUAUCGCACAAAAUUAUAAUCAAAAACGAAAUAAUCAAAACUCGGAUUCAAAUGAUUUGGCACCUGCUGCAUAUCCAAGUAAUAAUAACAUGAAUGAAAACGAAAUUAACGAGUCUAUAAUUAACAAUUUAUUUUCAACAUCUACAGUUGUUGCAACUAAUUUUGAAAAUUUUUGUACAUUACCAUUUAACUUGUCUCCUAUUAUUAGAAAAUCUAAUAAAAAAUUAGCACAGAUUAGAGAAAGCCAACCAUUGUGGUCAUUAGUUGCAGCAACAAAAUCAAUGUUCACAAGACCAGACAUAUUUUCGGGUAAAACCUCAUUGGACGAUGAAUUGGAAAAUGAAAAAACAGUUACAGUUAAAGAAAACUAUGUUUUACCAGAUAUAACCAUCAGAUCAUUUAUUUGCUUUAUUAGCGAAACGACAAUUGGAGUUCAAAUCAAUGAUAUUAUUAUAAAUGAUUUAAUUGUGAAAGUUAAUAAAGUCAUUUGGAGACAAGUUUCAAGUGGGUCAUUUAAUAAUAACGAAUUGAUUAUUGUUGGGGGACUUGGUCCAAAUAUUCAAUAUGACUUGGAAUUUAUUGAUUUAGUGCCCAAUUAUAAGAAAAUUAAUAUUAUUGAUAAUAAAGAAGAAACAGUAGAAUUAUUAUUAGCUACUCAUACAGUUAGCACAUUAGGGACUAAUAAGAAUAGUGGCAAUAAUAAUAGUGGCAAUAGUGGCGGCAAUAAUAGUUCAAAUGGAGAUAACAAUAAUAACGAAUUAAUUGUUAAUAAGAAAUUGACUCCAUUGGAUACAUUACAACAAAGUUUGAAGACCACAAAUGUUUUGAUUAAUAUCAAUCGAAAUAAAUUGAAAAACAUUCGAAAGCAGUCAAGUAAAAUGAUUAACGGAAUAAAAAGUGAAGUUAAUCAAUUGAAAUCUCGAGUUGAAAGUGAAUCAACAACAGAUAAAACAGUUAUUAAGAUAGAAAGAUUACAACAUGAAGAAUGUGUCUUAGAAGCUGAAGCAUUGCGUUUAGAAAAGGAAGAGGAAAACUUAGGAGAUCAAGAGAAUGAUUUACAAGAUUUAUAUUUGGAAAAGAAAUUUAAUUUUGAGAAAUUGCAAAGAAAAUUUCAAAAUUUUGAAAAACAGCAAGAUAGUGAGGUUCGAGAAUACGAAAAACAAAUAAAUAAAUUAAAUAAUGAAUUAAAAGCAGUCAAUGCUAAAAAAGAGAAGUUUUUAGGUAAAAAAAACCGAAAUUUAGCUGAGUAUAAUAAAAAUUAUAAAGAAAUAGAAAAUUUGAAAAAUGAGUAUUUAAACAAGAAAAAAAUUGAAAGGGAAGAAUUGAUUCAAAAAAGAGAGAAAUUGAUUCAUGUGUUCAAGAAGGAGGUUGAGAAUCUCGAGACUCUUACAAAGUAUUAUUUAAAGGAAAUCAAUCAACUAAAGAGAAAACAGCGAGGAGAACUUAUAGUUGAUGAUAUGCCGCAUACAGAUACUGGUAAAAAACAAGUUACAAGUGGAAAUGAAGACAAGAAUAAAGAUGGAAACGAUAUCUCUAGCUCGAACAUAUUGGCAAGCACCAGUAUCAAUGCCAGUUUAAAUGCUCUUCAAAGCGGUUUUAGCAAUUCAGCUGGAAAUCCUGGACUUGGAAUAAAACCAGCUGAGAUACCAUGUGCUCCAAUUCCUUUACAGAGCGCAGCUUCUGUCUCUGCUGGAGUGGCGAUGCAGAAGGAAAAUAGUGGUUCUUCUGGGACCAAGAAGACAGGCAAGAAGAAAAAGAGCCAGAAAAACAAGACCAAUGCUGCGCAAGCCGGUGGUGCUAACAAAAAGGGUAAGAACAAGAACAAGAAAGAUGGCAAGAAGUAA